CAAUAAGAUUUAAUUGUCGAAAUAUCCCAACCUGGUUCUAACACAUGUAUGAAAUAACAACAAUUAUGUAACUAAAUGAAGAAGAAAGGUGAUUACAGAUAAGAUACAAGCCACACAAAAUUGAAUCAAACAAGGGAAAAACGAGAUAUAAACAAAAGAUAAUAUGGGGGGACUCAUUAUUCCAUCAAUAGCUAGGUACAUCAAUUAAAUUCGUGAGAUUGUUCAUAUAGCAACUUUGUAAGAAAACAAACUUCAUCGUUCCUAACCAGUGGAUUGAUCAAUCAUUUAAACUCAUUCAGGCAAAAGAUUAUACGGAAUAGUAUAUAUGUUGAUGAUGAAAAUACCUGGAUUAAAAUCAGAUCGAUGCGGCUUAAUGGUGAAGAUGCGGCAAUGAUUAGCUCUUUGUGAAUCGGAAUCGAUCUGUAACUCCCUGUUGCUGAAAUCGGUCGAAUCCCUCUGGCGAAGAUUGAGUCCCUCCCGCAAUGGAAGGAAAAAAAAAGGUUUUGGUGGAGAAUGCAUGUCGGGGUGUGAAUCGCUCGUGUGCAAUCCGGUUUUUGUGGGGAGGAGCAGAUAGUUGUAGGGUGUAAAGUUUCGUGCUGAUAACGUAUUAGAAUAUCAAUGAUAAACAUAUACAACAUUAGAGGAGAGUGGGGAUAUAUAGGAAGACCGGUAUUUUUUGGUACAACAGAAAGAAACGAGCACACCCCAUCUUGAAGGCUCCAAUAUUGAUCGGACAAUUAAUUGAGAGGAAGAUACAAUGGGACAGGAAGUCAGGAACUGAACUGAGCAGGCCGCUCUAAUCACUUCUAGUAACUCGACUUUCUAAAUUGGACCAAAGUACGAAAACAAAUCAACAAAAGGUUAGGACCAAGUUGUGGGUACUGGGUAGGACUUCUUAGGAGUGAUUAAAAAAAAUGCUCCUGAGAAUAAAACAUACUAUCAAAUGCGAAAUCAAAUGCGAACAAGUAAAUUUUAAUAUCAAAAUAUUAUUUAUUUGAUUUUAUAAAAAGUAUAAAACUUCUUCAAAUUAGGAUAAGUGAUGAAUGAAAAAUGACAUGUAUAUUACUAACAGAAUUUCUUCAGAUAAAAAUAUGAAUAGCUAUGUUUUGGACAAAAAUAUAACACAUCGAAUACGAGUAACGGGACAAGAAUCACUAUAGUAUUUUAGAGUGAGAAGACACUAGUAGAUGAUGAGUCACUAGAAACUAAUUAAUGAAUAUGUCACUUGUUAGAACUUUUUUAAAAUAAGUCAUACUUUUAUCUUUUGAAUUUCAAAUGAAUGUCACUUUCUUGAAUUUUUUUAAAGUCAUAUUUUUACCUUUUGAAUUUCAUUGGGCAGCAUUCAUGGAAAGGCCCAAGUGAAAAUUAUUUUAGAAAGAAAAUAAUCACAUGUGUGCACUUCAUGACUCCAUCUAUAUGUACUCAAAUCCAAGGAAUUCUCUCAUUUUUGAAUAGCACACACAAGUACUCAACAUAAAAAAAGCAGCAAACUCGAAACCUGAACAAACUAACAUGACCAAAACUAAAAUUGGUAUUACCAUCAACGGCUCGUUUUACAAACUAAGAUGCAGAGCUUAAACUUUUAACCAACUCAAGUACUCAACCAUCCCAUGCCCAUUUCAAUCUAACCAAAAGAAUUAAGCAAUAGCCGACCAAGCCCAUAAUAACGAACGCCUAAUUUUAAGUCUACAAUCGAGAAUCUAAUCAGAGACUGAAUUGUAGCAUUCAGAAAUCAACUACUACUAGAUUGCCAUUUCGGAACAAGAAUUCUUCCAUUUGGCAACUCUGACCUGCUUAUCAACAAAACAGCUUUUAAAAAAUAAACAUUUAAUUUACUUAUUUGGUUGAAUCCAUCCUACCAGACGCUUUUCCUUUUAGCAAAUUGAGCCGUUUAAAUCAAAUAAACCUCGCCAAACAAGCACUAUAUCAAUUAACACAAUCAUCAUUCUCAUAGUUCAUUACUCUCAGUCUUAUAGUCUGAUAAUCACAUUACCAUUUACAGUAUAACAUAUGUUGUCCAUGGUUAUUCUCUUCCAUCUCCGCCCCAUCACAAAUACAAUAAUAGAAAGGAUUUGUCAUAGGAAAAGUACAUAUAUUAUUUGCCACUGAAAAUAAGGGUGCAUCCAAUUUUUCUGUUUUGGAAUUAUGGAACUGUGAUAAUAUGCCCAGACAAGAACCGUUUGAAAGGGAAUCAGACUAAGACUAUAAUCCAAACAAGUCUAAUCCGGAAAAGACCAGUCCUGGACCCAACUGGAUAAUCUUUAUUUAUAUUUUGUUUUUAGUUUUAAAGGACUAGUCAUGAAAAAUCGUUAACAUUAUUGGUGCAAUGUUUAUAAUUGUAUACUACUCAUGUUUUUACUUGGACUGAAAUUUGUUGGUCUGGUCUGGUUUGAACUUAUGUCUGGUCUCUGGUCUCUGUGUAUUUUAUAACUAUUCAAGUCUGGUCUGGUCUGAAUUGAUUUAGUCUGGGACUGAAAACAGUCCUAGAAAAAACAUCCUACAUCUCCAAGUAGUUUAGUACCUCAUUAUGUGUUAGGAAUCUGCCUAUUGAGUAUUUCAAUAGGGUAUUUGAAAGGAGAAAUAAAAGGGGCUGAGGUCAUUUAAGUGGGCUGGGGUCAUUUAAUGAGCCUGUUUAUCUAUUUGAGUCCUGGCGUGGACCUACUACUAUAAAUAAUAAGUUGGGUAGCUAAUAAUAGGUAGACUGUUAUUUUGAGAAUUGUUGCCUUGUUGCCUAAGUCCCGGUUGCCUAAGAAGUCCCUGUCCCUGUCCCGGAGUUUCCUACGGAUUACCCUAUCAAUAAACUGCAGUUUCUCUACUUUCAGAUUAGAUCGGUGUUGCUUGUUACUGUUUGUGCUCAGAUUAUUACCAGGUUCCUAUCAAUGGUAUCAGAGCAAUCGCUCCUGGGGAUCACAAGUGAAGUGCGACGGCAGUAGCGUUUCUCGUUUCAGCAUCGUUGUGAGGAAGCGACUGCAACCUAGUUUUUUUUUCUCUGAAGUGGAUGGUAAAAACGAGAUCCAAAAUGGAACAACGCAUGGAAGCCUUUGAGCGGGAGAUGAGAGCUACCAUCGCGAAUCUCACUGUUGCGAUGAAUGAGCAAAUCCAGAACAGCAUCGCUACAUCCAUGGCAGCUUAUCAGAACAGGAGGGAUCCGUCUAGAGGGAGAUCGCGAUCACCGCAUCACCGUUCCCCUCAUCACCGUCGAUCACGAUCACCACAUCACCACCUAUCGCGAUCACCGCACAGCCCAGAGUACUCGAGAGGUAAUUCUGUACACUCUCCCAUCCCUACUCGCAGAGUCCAUACUGGUCGGAAGGUGGAUCUGCCAUUGUUUAAUGGAGUAGGCGCCUAUAACUGGUUAGUAAGAAUGGAGCGCUACUUUAGAUUGAAUAAAACAGAGGAGGAAGACAAGGUUGAGGUUUCAAUGGUGGCUAUGGAUGAUAGGGCCUUGAAUUGGUUUCAGUGGUGGGAACAACAGGCCGAGGAGAUAACCUGGGAAAAUCUGAAGGAUGCGGUUAUCCGUAGGUUCCAACCCGACUUAUUGCAGAAUCCCUAUGGAGCCAUGUUGAGCCUGAAACAGACUGGAACUGUGGAGGAUUAUCGGGAUGAGUUUGAGAAGGUAAUAGCUACACAGAAGAACAUAGACAGGGGUAUGCUGAGAGGCAUUUUUAUCAAUGGCCUCAAGGAUGAAAUCAAGGCUGAACUGAAACUCUUCAAUGGCAAAUCUCUAGCUGCUACCAUGGACAGGGCCCAAGCGAUUGAGAAGAAAAAUGAUGCUAUUUACACUAAGGGUAAAACUACAGAGAAACUGGAAGGAAGGGACAAGGGAUCCAUGAACUAUAGACAACCUGUUUGGGGUGAGGGAUACAAGCCAAAAGCUGGAAGUUCAGGAUCCCAGACUGGUGGUAUAAAGAAUUCAGGACAGCAAGGCACUCAACCUUGGUUUACUCCCGAUGGGAAGAGGGAAACUGAAAUAAAUUUCCCAGACAUAAGAAGAGUAGGGCCACAGCUGACACAAGAAGAAUACCAAGAUAGAAGCCGGAAGGGACUUUGCUUCAAAUGUGGUGAAAGAUGGGGAAGAGGGCACUCUUGCAAAAUGAAGAAUUACAAACUGAUUUUAGUGGAGGAUUCCGAUGGAGAAGAGGAAAUAGUUAACCCAGAAGGGGUAAUCCCCGAAGAAGAAAAGAUCACCAUGGAAUUUAAGUCCAUGCAAUUGUCCUUCAUGAACCAGGACGGAAAACCCUCUACGAGGGCUUUUAGGGUUCAGGGGAUUCUGAAAUGGGCUAAGGGAGAGAAGCUAGUGGAUGUUCUAAUUGAUAGUGGGGCCUCACACAACUUCAUAUCCCAGAAAGUGGUAGAGCAGUUAACCCUCCCUUAUCAGACCGUUGCUGGCUACCAAGUGCAGCUUGGGAAUGGUGAUAGGGUCUUCAACAAGGGCAGGUGUGAAAAACUCAUUCUAAGCUUGCGGGGAGCUGUCAUUCAACAAGAUUUCUACAUGCUGGAGUUGGAGGGAGCUGACUUGGUUCUUGGCAUGGAUUGGUUGACUGGAUUAGGGGAUGUGGAGAUUAACUUUCAGAAGCAGAGCAUAAAGUGGCAUCAUCUGGGGAUAAGUCAGUCAAUUCAAGGGGAUCCUAAGUCAAACUCUAUGGAGGUAUCUCUGAAGACCACGUCACAAACUGUACAGGAGAAUGGUGUGGGCUAUCUUAUCUACUGGGAAGGCAGAAAAUGGGAUGGAGAGGGAAUUCAGCUGAAGGAUUCCAAGUUGGAAGGAAUUGAGGGGAAGAGGAAAAUUGAUUACACAGUUGAAGUUGAUAUGGGAGUUCGUAUAAGGGUUCAAACUGGUUUGUUCCUGGAUCCAUUUAGAGCUGCAACGCCUCAUAGCAGGACUGCCUUAGAACCCUUACAUGAAGAGGUUGGUUACAAGGAGGAGGCUUCAAGUGUAAUUCCAGGGAAUUUUUAUACCCAGUUUCUGCCCCUGUUGGCUGUGGAAAAUGUGAUGAUGAAAGUGAAAGAAAUGAAGCUCCCAGAGCAGAAAACCAAGAGGUACUGGGAAGGAAGAGGUUCCAGGAUGAAGAGGAAGUUCAAGAUCAAGGUUGUGUCUUAUUACCCACCUUGAGGGCAAGGUGGUUAAUUAGGGGGGGAGUAAUGUUAGGAAUCUGCCUAUUGAGUAUUUCAAUAGGGUAUUUGAAAGGAGAAAUAAAAGGGGCUGAGGUCAUUUAAGUGGGCUGGGGUCAUUUAAUGAGCCUGUUUAUCUAUUUGAGUCCUGGCGUGGACCUACUACUAUAAAUAAUAAGUUGGGUAGCUAAUAAUAGGUAAGACUGUUAUUUUGAGAAUUGUUGCCUUGUUGCCUAAGUCCCGGUUGCCUAAGAAGUCCCUGUCCCUGUCCCGGAGUUUCCUACGGAUUACCCUAUCAAUAAACUGCAGUUUC